GAUUACGCACUCUCAUCUCUUUGAACUUGACUACAGCUGAAACAAAAAAUUUGUCUCGAACAGCUUUCGGAUUUUUCAAACCCACCCAUCACUUUCUCUCUCUAACACCUUUUUCUCUCUCUAAAGAGUUGCAAUAUCGGAGAUUUUAUUUACGUGUUGAAAAGUUUUCAGAGUCAGCUUUGUGAAGAAGCCUUAGAAGGUUGGUUUCAAACUUCUUAAUAUUACAAGACACGAUGGUAGCAAAAAUCCGGCAAAGUGCUACUGAGUCUCCUAAUCCAAAACCUGAGGUUGGAGAGAUUGACACCAGCCCACCUUUUCAGUCUGUUAAAGAUGCUGUCUCUCUAUUUGGUGAAGGUGCUUUCUCUGGUGAAAAACCUAUCUUUAAGAAGGCAAAACCUUAUUCUGCUGAGAGAGUUUUGGCCAAGGAGACACAACUUCAUGUUGCCCAAAAAGAGCUGAACAAGUUAAGGGAACAAGUAAAGAAUGCUGAAACUACUAAGGCUCAAGCUCUUGUGGAGCUUGAAAGGGCUAAAAGGACAGUUGAGGAUCUGACACAAAAGAUAAAAGUUAUCAGCGAUUCUAGGGAGUUGGCAAUUGAGGCAACAGAAGCUGCCAAGAGUCAGGCAAAACAGCUUACGGAAGAAAAGUAUGGUGUCCCUGAUGGAACAAAUGUUGCUUGGAAGGAAGAGUUAGAAGCUGCUGUUAAAAGGUAUGCAUCUGUCAUGACAGAACUUGAUGCUGCAAAGCAAGCACUGAGCAAGACUCGGCAAGAGUAUGAUUCAUCCUUGGAUGCAAAAAAGUCUGCUUUCAAGCUAGCAGCAGAAGCUGGAGAUGCAUCAAAGGAAAACACAGAAAGAGCAUCUGAGCUUUCUAAAGAAAUUUCAGCUGUAAAGGAGUCAAUUGAGCAAGCAAAGCUUGCUUCUAUUGUAGCACAGCAACAGCAAACAAUGAUUUUAGCUGAGAAAGAUGUUCUAAGACAAUCAUAUAAAGCUACCUUGGAACAAUCUGAAAAGAAAUUGCUUGCUUUAAAGAAGGAAUUCAGUCCCGAGCUUGCCAAAAAUCUUGAAAUGCAGCUGGCAGAGACAAUGUCUGAAAUUGGGACGCUGCAAAAGGAAAUGGAAAAUAAAAGAACAUCGGACUUGGACUCCGUGAAAAGUGUCACUUUGGAGCUAGAUGAUGCUAAGGAGUCUUUGCAGAAAGUAGCAGAUGAGGAAAGCUCUCUUAGAAGCUUGGUGGAAUCUCUUAAGGUAGAACUGGAGAAUGUAAAAAGAGAACAUUCUGAAUUGCAGGACAAAGAAUCUGAGACUGAAUCCAUUGUGGGGAAUCUGCAUGUCAAGCUCCGCAAAUGCAAGUCUGAGCUUGAAGCCUGCAUGGCAGAAGAAUCUAAAGUUAGAGGUGCAUCUGAGGAAAUGAUCUUGACACUUAGCCAGCUGACAUCUGAAACUGAAAAUGCAAGGCGGGAAGCAGAAGAUAUGAAGAACAGGACAGCAGAAUUAAAGAAGGAAGUUGAAGUUACCAUGCUUGCAUUAGAAGAAGCAGAAAAAAAUCUUAAAGUGGCGCUGGAAGAAGCAGAAGCAGCAAAAGCAGCUGAGAAAAGUGCUCUUGACCAGAUUACGAUUUUAACCGAAAGGACUACUGCUGCACGUGCAUCAACAUCUGAAUCUGGUGCUGUGAUUACGAUCUCAAAGGAGGAGUUUGACUCGCUAAGCCAUAAAGUUGAGGAGUCUGAUAAAUUAGCAGAUAUGAAAGUGGCUGCUGCCAAGGCACAGGUUGAAGCUGUGAAGGCUAGUGAAAAUGAGGCUCUCAAAAGGUUGGAGACAACUCAAAAGGAGAUUGAGGAUAUAAAGACUGCAACCCAGGAGGCUUUGAAAAAGGCUGAAAUGGCUGAAGCAGCGAAAAGGGCAGUGGAGAGUGAGCUUCGAAGAUGGCGCGAGAGGGAGCAGAAGAGGGCCGCAGAAGCUGCAUCUCGAAUUCUGGCUGAAACACAGGUGUCAACAGAAUCGUCUCCUCAGCACUAUAGGAUUCAAAAGCAGAAUCCUCCUCGUACAAUGGUGGAGGUGAAAAAGUUUGAAAAGGAGAAGGUUUCAGUUUCAAAGAAAACCCUCUUGCCAAAUAUUAGUGGCAUCUUCCAAAGGAAAAAGAACCAGGUUGAGGGUGGUUCUCCUUCUUAUCUGCCUGGUGAGAACCCUGUAUGAGAUUUGAAAUUUGUAGCAGUUUGUGCAGCUCUUGAAUGUGAGAGGAACAUUUAUUUGUGUGUAGUUGAGGAAUUUAUUUCAUCAGAUUUUGUCAUUGUAGUCUGUUUGAAGGAUUGUGUAGUGUUUGUAGUUUGGUGACAAAUUUGGGCAUGUAUCAUGUAAAUGGAACCAGAAGUAAGAUUAAAAUCUACUGGUAUUUUUCUGUUGAUACUAAGCUUUCAUGUCUGGUGACUGGUAGUUUGAACUAUAUCGAAGGAAAGGAUUGUGUAAUGUGAAUAGUUUGGAUACACUUCUAGGAAAUGCAUCAUGCAAAUUGAACCAGUAGAAAGAUU